CCUGGAGCCGCCCGACCACAUGCUGUCCUAUGCACGCCGAUUGCGACUGAUCGCAGGCCCCGCUCUGUCUGCUAGCGUCUGGCUGUUUUGCGGCGGAUUCAGCCCUGCACGACGACCGCACGCCACCUGUUCUUGACACCCGUCACGGCGCCGCCCGCGAUAGACGUCGGGACACUGCCGGCGUGCAUAGAGUGGAGUCGAGGUGGACCAGUCUGCGCACCAUAUAUAGGCCAUGCCCCCUACCCUGCAUCCUUACCUCAAGCGGGGCCUGGACUUCGAUACCUCUCCGCCCGGCCCCAGCGACCUUGUAGAAGACAGUGCCGACUACAAGGACGAUGCAGAAUAUAAUGCAGCAAAACGCAGGAGAGUGGAGGCAAUAGCGCUGCAGUACCUGCGAGGGCGGCCGCCGCUCAUCCUCACCGCACGCCUAAAGGGCCCCUUCACGAAGGAAUGGCGUAACCCGUGGACGACCGACACGAGUGCAACAUCUGGCCGACAGAGUAAGAGAACCGUGAAUCGCGCAGGAGAGCAGGGGGGGAAGAAGUCGAGGCCGGCGCCCGUCGAUUCUCCGGAGAUGUCCAGGGCUGCAGGGCACACUGAGGAGCAACCCUAUACUUCGACUGAUCUUGAGUCACUACCUGCGACAGCUCCUUUGCCAGACGAGGAAGAUCCCUCUACAGCGACCGAGUUCCUCAGCCUCAACACAGGGCAAAUCAUCACCCACCACAGCCCUGCGAAUCCUUUCUGGCUGCGGCGCCCUGCCGAAUCCAUCGCCCUCCCAUCACAUAGUCAGACCGACAAGUCACCAAUCAAGACACGUACAAAAGACCGCAGAUUCAAUCCGCGCGAACCCUUGCAACUCGCGCCCCCCAAGGAACCUCUUGCUGGACAACCACUGCCCAUCCGUGCAACACCACCAGACGCAUGGCGAUCGAGCGACUCCGCCUCGAUGGACAUUUCAUCGCCGCCCAAGCCAGCGCCAAUCGCGAACCAAGCAUCUGAACCGGACCCAUCACAUGCAACAUCAUCAACAGAUAUACCCACUUCCUCGCGACUGCGAGCAGAUUCGGCGCAAGAGGAGGAAGCUCGCAGCAGCCAAACCGCCCAAAAUGCACAGGCGGCAGUCUCUGCUGAAUCACCUGUUAAUUGCAACGUCGCUUCGUCAGGGGCGCACACGGUACAGCCAGCUUAUGCCCAGUCCUUCGACUCGUUAGUCCCGGCAACAACGUACAAGGUCUCGAGCACGAUUCAAGUACCGCGAUCAAGCCCGAGACGUAGCUCUGCAGGUGCGGGAGGCCAGGACAUAUCUCCAAAGGGGGACAUGCAAGUUUCUGCCGAAGGAUUGGCCAGUGCGAUGUCCACGUCAGGGAUAAGGAGGCAGCCGGCUCCCAAUCGUCGUGCUAUUGUGAAGGACCUCGGCCUGCUACAGAACUCGCGUCACAACCUAGUGGCGUCUCCAGCGCCGGCCUCAUCUACUGGGUUCAUGUACAGGAAAGUAGGACAGCCGAGGGGCGAUAGCAACGAUUUGCCGAAGACAAAGCCAAGAGCCGUCAGCUUUAGUUCCUCGCCCAUUUUCACAAGGAAAGACCACUGUCAUGUUGCUGUAGAUCCGGAAGUUGAUGCUCCUGUUGAUGAGUCCCGACCUGAGUGUGCAAUGCCUCGUGCAUCCAUCGAGGCAGCAGUCGAAGGUUCUGGCAUAGAGGCCCAGGGAGAUGAGGAAGACCAGAAUAGAGACGAGGAGCAAGAGUCAUACAAGUCCAGACAGUCACAGUACUCCACACAGGCUGCGAUGCUUUUGGCGCAGCUUGAAUUCCAGGAGGACUCCCCGCAAUCCUCAACCUCAUCAGCCACCCUCCGACCAUGGUCACAGCCGGCGCAAAACACACCACCACCGCCUCAAGCCCAACCCAGUCCUGCAAUCACCCCUCUUUCAGUCUUCAACGUUAGGACAGACAUAUCUUUCAAUGAUCUAGCGGUAGAAAGUGUACUGCAUGAUGCUCCUAUUAGUACACAAGACCUGUUCGACGCAGCGUCCCCCUUUGCGUUCAGUACAGUGAAGAAGAAGAGCCAACCACGGCGAACUAGUCUGCGGUUUGCUUUGACCUCGAAAUUGAACGAGAGCACGACUGCGAACAGUCCUACUCCGUUUUCAGAGCGCAGACCGCUCAUGGAGAAGAAUACACGCGUGAUGUGGAGCUCCAACCACGAAAAGUCGUCGUUGCACCCAGCAAAGCUCGCAUCACAAUCACCGAAGCGCACCAGCAAUGACGUGGAGCUGCCCCAACUCGACUUCCACACGUCACUAGAUUUCGGCCCGAAUACCGACUUUACAGAUUGCUUCCUGAAAGGACUGGAGAACGCGCCUUGAGGCACGAACCAGCGGUUCAGGAAAGAACUGUGGUACCGCAACACAAUCCAGGUCUGUGGAUGAAUUCAUGCCUGCAAACCUGCUUCCUUCGCUCUCACCACCUCCCGCUCGCUCGCAGUGACUGCUGCAGUCCCCACUCGCAGAUAACAGCGUCCAGAGCUGCAGGCGUGGUUCAGAAGGGCAGGGUGCAGCAGCAGCCCGGUUGCAGU